GAGCAAAUCUAUCAUGUCCCCUUCUUCACCAUCAGGAUCAUCAACUUCUUCAUUACCAACCUCUAACACUUUACUAGCUCUUCCUGAUGGAAUCAUAUCUGAUAAUCACCCAGAUAGAAAUUCUCCCAAUGUAUCAUUCGUUGGAGGGUAUCCUACUUUCCCUUCCAUGGCUGAUGUCCCUGUUAGAGUGAAAUGUAAAGUUUGCGGCGGGGACAUGCCAUUGUUGGUACAGGUCUAUUGUCCCCCUGAAGGUGGAACGAAUGAUAGGACCGUCUAUGUUUUCGCAUGUUCGAGAGUGAGGUGUCAGAGGAAAUAUGGGAGCAUUCGAGCUUUCCGUGCUUCGAAAAGGAAUGAAGAGUACGUUCGGGAUGUCGAAGAGACUAGGAAAAAGGAAGAGGCGGCUCGUGUUGCCGAAAGAGAAAAAGCAAGACAGAAUCCAUUCUCAUUAUCAACCCCUCAAGACUCUUUAUUCAGUUCCACCCUCUUCUCUCAAACCCAUCUUCCAGAUCUGUCUUCCCUUUCCCUGUCCUCGAUAAAUCCUUUCUCUUCAUCCUCUCCCCAACCUCAAACACCUUCAUCUACACAACCCUCUUUUUCACCUUCCCAACCCACUACAUCACCACCCGCUAUGAGCGAUCCAUCGACCACACCAUCACAAACCAUUUUACCAUCCAACCUAUCUAAAGAUACAUCACCCACCAGCCCCUUUUCCGCAAUCACCUACUCACCCCCUUAUCCAGCAUACCAACCCCCUCAAUAUCUCACCACCACCGGUGAAUACCUUCCUCCCCCAACUUCCUCCUCCUCAGCCUCUUCCGAAGGUCCAGACGAUCCUUCUUGGAAAGACGAACAAUGGGAACGUCUCCUUCGUAAAGGUGUCGAUGAAGUGUUACAGCGUUUUGUCGCACGUCUGUCCAAUGCACAAGGUGCCCAAGGUCAUGUAUUACGAUACGACCUGAAUGGUGUUCCACUUCCUUAUUCAUCGACAUCAAAAACGUUCAAAGUUCUUUGGCCGGGAGUACCAUUGCCUUCUAAACCGGAAGAUGAAGAUGAAUUAGAUUUUGAAACGUAUUACGAUCCUUCUUCCGUACCUAGAUGUUCGUGUGGUUCCAAAAGAGUGUUUGAAGUACAGUUGGUACCUACUUUGAUUAGUCUUUUGUCACCUGACACAUUGACCACCACUGGAAAGAACGUAGUGAAGAAGAAAGGAAAGUUGAGUGAGGUACAGAGGAAGAAAGAGAUUGCCAAGUUGACCAGACAGGGUAUAAACAAUCUUGAUGAGAAGAAAGAUGGAGAAAGUGAGGAAGAAGAAGAGAUUGGGGAAAUGGAAUGGGGUAGUAUAUUGGUUUUCGGUUGUCAAGAUGAUUGUGAAGGUUGUAAAGAAGAAUGGGUGGAAGUUGAAUGGGAAGGAGCUUUAUCAUUAGGACCAUUACCAUCAUCAAUUAAAUCAAGUUGAAUGCAUCAUUACAUGAUCCUC